AUGUGUAUCAUCAAUUUGACAAAGUUACAAAGGUUUGACAUAAAGGAGAAUACGUUCACCGGUGAAAUCCCGAAAACUAUUAGUCUUUGGAGGGAGCUCACAGAGUUGGAUUUUUCUCACAAUCAAUUGUCCGGUGUAAUUCCAGAAGAGUUGGGGAGUUUGCCCGUGUUAACAAACUUGGAUCUUUCCUGGAAUUCUCUUUCUGGAGCAAUUCCAAAGGCGUUGACUAAGCUGAAGCUUAGCAAGUUUAAUGUCUCCAAUAAUAGGCUUGAAGGGAAAGUGCCAAUUGGUUUCAAUGCAAAGUUUUAUCUCUCAAGUCUAAUGGGCAACCCGGAUUUAUGUAGCCCGGAUCUGAAACCACUUCCUCCUUGCUCAAGAUCCAAACCCGUUGGCUUGAUGUUGGUAGGGAUAUUAUCAAUACUUGCAUUGAUACUUAUUGGGUCACUUCUUUGGCUCCUAAUCAGGACCAAGAAGUUUGUUGCAUUUGGAAGUAAAAAUAAGCAGUCUUGCAAAGUCAUCUCUUUCCAGAAGGUUGGGUUCAAUGAAGAAGAAGUGUUGGCCUCUUUAACCAGUGAGAACAUUAUUGGGACUGGGAGAUCAGGUCGGGUUUAUCGAGUCAGGUUGAAGAGUGGACUGACCGUGGCAGCCAAGAGGUUUUGGGAGGUGGGGCGGCUACCAGAAUCCGAGAGGGUGUUCCAGUCGGAGGUGGAGACAUUGAGUCAAAUUCGACAUGCUAACAUUAUUAAAUUGUUGUUUAGUUGCAUCAACGAGGAUUUCAAGAUAUUGGUAUAUGAUUACAUGGAGAAUGGGAGUUUGGGAGAUGUAUUCCAUGGGGAGAAGGGUGGAGUAUUGUUGGACUGGCCUAGGCGCUUUGCCAUUGCACUUGGGGCUGCUCAAGGGCUCGCGUAUUUGCACCAUGAUUGUGUUCCUCCCAUUGUGCAUAGGGACAUUAAACCCAACAACAUAUUGCUAGACGAGGAAUUCAGGCCGAAAUUGGCUGACUUUGGUUUGGCAAAGACAAUGCAUCAGGACGAGGAUGAGGGUGGGCAAGUCAUGUCUCGCGUGGUUGGCUCUUACGGCUACAUUGCUCCAGAAUAUGCUCACACAAUGAAGGUUACCGAGAAGAGUGAUGUGUAUAGCUUCGGGGUUGUGUUACUGGAAUUGUUAUCCGGUAAAAGUCCUAAUCAUUCCUCGUUUGGUGAGAACAAGGACAUUGUGCAGUGGGUAACAGAGACUGCAUUUUUAUAUCCAGAACAAGGAAACGAAAGUGUUGAUGGCAGCUUCGAUAUUGUCUGUUUGGAUCAGAUAUUAGAUAUUCGGCUGAUUCCAUCUGCAAUUGAAUAUCAGCAGGUAAAGAGGAUACUGAAUGUGGCUUUAUCGUGCACUUCAGAAUUACCUGCAGACAGGCCCUCCAUGAGAAGAGUCGUCGAAUUACUCAAGCUCCAUUCCUCAACUCAUAUGAAGUAAAUAUUUUGGCAGCCAGUAAAAAAUCGUGGUAUUGUUUGAUCGGACUAGUUAGGAUUAGGCUAGAACUUUAAUUGCACUGAAAAUUGAUCGAGCCAGUUUGGAUCCCUGGCAGCUGAAAAACUUAGUGAGGUUUGAUCUGUUAAUGUUUUUCAUGUUUGCAAUGUCGAUUUAGCAGAGAAUACUUGAACUGAAGUUUUGAGCUGCGUGAGGAAAAUUGAUCCACUUAUUUAUUUGGAGGUUUCUAUUAAGUAGGUUGAAUUGUUGUGAAGUGAGAUGAAAUUCUGUGACUACUUCGCAUGUUGUGAUUAUAUUUUUUCAAUUAGAACUUUUUCUUGACUAGAAA